AUGUCGCACGUUGUCGUCUUCAACUCGUACGCGAGGUCGUUCAAGAUUGCCACUACACCCACAAAGUACCUGACGGACGUGCGGGACGAGGCGUGCCAAAAGUUUGGCGUCAGCAAGGACCAGUUUACGCUGAAAUACAACAACAAGCCCAUUUCCCUCUCCCAGCAGAUACGCCUUGCAAACCUCCCCCAGGGCGCUCGAUUAGAGCUUGUCCAGGCCUCGCGAUCGCCCACCGUCAUAUCUGUAGCGCUCCAGCUUCCAGCGUCGGAGAAGAAUGCACGGCUCACAAACAAGUUUGCGAGCAACACGUCGUUAUGGGAGAUUUUGCGCCAUUUUGAAAGCACCCAGGGGGCCAACUUCAACUUCACGCAGCGUGGUGUGCCGGAGAUGAGUGGCGUAUCUGGUGCUGGAAGGUUGCAUUAUGAGCAGCCUGUCAUAACCGUGAUGCCUGGCCAUAAAGAGCAGUCGAGCUUUGUCGAGCUGCAGCAGACACUCAGCCAGUUGGGGUUUGAUAGCGGGUCGGCUCUACUGAAGCUGUCGUAUAGAAACAGCGGUACCCCGUUAGAAGAGGCCAUGGCGCAGAUAUCACAAUAUUUCAAGCCUAGCGAGCCUUCAGCGGGAGCAGAAGGCGCACAUGCUUCAACAUCCAAUCAAUCGGCCUCAAAACCGGAUGCAGCAAAGGCCGCUCCUGAGGCGACGGAAACCGUGGCCGGCGAGACUGUGCGCAGUGACGAGCCUGAUCCGGAGCCGAUGGAAGUCGAUCCGAAGCCUGCUGCUCAACCUACACAGGAGCCCGAGGUCUCAACGGAGACAAAUGCGACCGAGAGCGUCGAGAAUACUUCUCCAGCUGCAGCUCUGGCUGCGGCAACGUCAACAGCUUCGCCUGCGCCAGCAGAGCCCUCUCAACUUCUACCACAGUCUGCCAGCGAGUCAUCACAGUCAUCGGAGAAAUCCCGCAACAUUCAGAUUUUCUCUGCACCAACUUCGUCGACUCCACAAGCAGCAAGAAAUGGUUUCAACGAGAGCGACUACCUUCCAACGAUUGAGCAUGCAAAGGCGCACCAGAAUGCAUUGUUGAACAGGACCAAAAACACACGGCUACUGUCUGACAAGGAGCUCGAGGAGCAAGAAAAAGAACGACAGGCCAAGAUCAAUGCAGCAGCUGAAAAGGGUGGUUCACUACGGAUACGCAUGCCUGACGGUGCGCUUAUUCAAAUGUCCUUUGACAAGAACGAUACGGCAGUUGGUCUGUAUGAUUUUGUACGGGGAUUCCUAGAGAAGAAGAAUGAACCAUUCCAACUCAAGAACACGGGUCCAACGGGUCGUCUGGUUCUUAUCCCCAAAGACGACAAGCGCCUGGUACAGGAUCUGCGUUUCUUCAACAAUGAACUCAUCACUUUCCAAUGGGCGGAUAACGCAAGUGCAGCGGCGCGAGCCAGUCGAAGUGCGCUGUCGUCGGAAUGGCAAGCAAAGGCACAAGCAUUGAAGGUCGAGGAGCCGACAAAAGAAGAAAGCUCUGGAGUACAAUCGAACCAGCCGCAGGGACAAAGCGUGGCUGAGGGCAAGAGAAAAGCGAAUAUGAGUAACGAGGAGAAGGAGAGCAAGCUGAAGAAUCUGCUUGGCAAGGGACUGUUUAAGAAGAAGUAG